AUGGGUAGACAAGGUUCAUCAACACCUUCAUCCUAUUUUGAUGAUUUUGAUGAUAACGAUAAUAAUCAUAAUAACAAUAACAACAAUAAUAAUAAUAAUAAUAAUGACAAUACCAAUAAUGAAAAUAAUGGAUUCUUUGAUAGUCAUAUGGACAAUAAUCCUUUUAAUUUAAAUCAACAACAAUUACAAUUACAACAACAACAACAACAACAACAACAACAACAACAAUUGCAACAACAACAAAAUAAUAAUAAUAAUUUUAAUAAUAAUAAUAAUAUAUCACCACCAACAUCAACAUCAUCAGGUGGUUUUAAUUCACAUUUUGGUAUAAAUAUUAGUACUAGUCCACCAACAUCACAACAUAUAAAAUUAGGACAAAGAAGUAAUAAUAAUAAUAAUAAUAGUAUGGGAAUUGAUGGUGGAGCAACCUUUAUAGAUACCGAUUCUAUCAAUAGUAGUGGAGGUAUUGGUGUAGCUGGAGCAACUGGUGGUGAUGCAGGAUCACCAUACUAUUUUAGUAGUAGUGGUAGCAAUAGUGACACGGAAGCACUCAACAAACCACAAAACAUAAACUAUGGCUCAUACCAACACAAGACAAGUGUUACCCAUGUCAGAGGCAAACAUACAUUCACAGAGUUGGAAAAGAUCAAAAUGUCAGACUAUGAAAGUCUUGAUUUUCCCAUCAUCGACAAUCAAAUAUAUAGAGACUUUCAUAAAAAAAUAUCAAGAUUUAGUCAUAUAUUAAGAACAUUUGGUAAAUGGUUUAUUUGUUUUAUGAUUGGUGUUACUGUAGGAGCAAUAGCCUAUGUUGUAAAAACAUGUGUAGAAUCUGUACAAGAAUUUAAAUAUGAAUCAUCCGAGAAAUACAUUCAAAAUGGUCAAAAAGCGGUUGGAUUUCUAGUCUAUUAUUCAAUCAAUGUAUUAUUUGCAAUUACUGCUUCACUUGUUAUUAUUCCUGUUGGUCAAAUAGCAGCAGGAUCCGGUAUACCAGAAGUUAAAGGAUAUUUAAAUGGUAUUAGAAUUCCACAUUCAAUGAAUAUAAAGACAAUGAUUGGAAAGUUGAUAUCACUCAUUCUAGCAUACUCUAGCGGUGCAAUAUUGGGACCCGAGGGCCCGAUGAUUCACAUUGGAUCGAUGAUUGGAGGAGCUAUAGGACAAGUCAAAUCAAAGACAUUCAAAUGGUACCCAAAGAUACUGUGGAAAUAUCACAAUGACCGUGAUCGUCGUGACUUUAUUUCGACGGGUGCUGCUGCUGGUGUGGCAGCUGCUUUUGGUGCGCCUAUUGGAGGUGUGCUGUUUGGCUUUGAAGAAGCAUCAUCGUUUUGGUCGCGUCAGUUGACAUGGCGUACUUUCUUUGCUUGUUUGAUCGCCACGUUUACAACCAACCUCAUUUUACAGGGAUUCCAAGUACAAUUGCACGACUAUGGUGUGCUGACAUUUGGUUUCUCACAAGAGUAUUUGUACCGUUACGUCGAGUUGAUUGCAUUUAUGGGUAUUGGCGUGUGCGGAGGGUUGAUGGGUGCCUUUUUCGUCUACUGUAACGCACGUCUGUCCAAGUGGCGUUCGUCAUUUUUCCAAAACAAGUCUGUGUACUGGCGUAUCAUUGAGGUGUUUGUGUUUAUCACCAUCUCGAGUACGAUGUUGUACAUGUCGGCUUCGUUUACCACGUGUCGUUCGAUCGAGUCGGUUGAACCACCUUGGGACAGCCCACUGCAAAACGACACAACCUUUGUCCGCUUCUUUUGCGAGGAAACCGAGUACAAUGAUAUGGCUGGGUUGUCGUUCAACUCGCUCGACGCUGCCUUGCGUCUGUUGUACAGUCGUUCGGGUAACAUCUUUUCCAUCAAGACGCUGGCCGUCUUUACACUCAUGUCGUUCUUUUUGACAACCGUCACAUCUGGUUUGAUGCUUGCAUCUGGUUUGUUUAUUCCAAUGAUGUUGGUGGGUGGAACGUUUGGCCGUCUUGUCGGCCAGAUUGGUGUCAAGAUCUUCUCGCGUGCCUACCCUCCAAUUGACCCGUCCAUCUACGCGAUGGUUGGUUCGAGUGCUAUGAUGGCUGGUUUCUCACGUAUGACUAUCUCGCUGGCCAUUAUCAUGGUCGAGUUGACCGAAGGUACGCAGUACAUGGUACCGGUCAUUUUGUCGGUCAUGACUGCCAAAUGGGUGGGUGACAUCUUUAACGAGUCAAUCUACGAGCAUUUGAUGGAGCAAAAGUGCUACCCCUUCCUGCCAUCGCAACCACCACAAUCGAUGAUCAAGUUUGGCAUCACCGACGUCAUGAAGACCGAGGUCAUCUCAUUGUACGAGGUUGAAAAGGUGUCACGUAUCAUUCAAGUGUUGCAGUCCAACAAACACCACGGGUUCCCCGUCAUCGAAAAGCCACAACAGGUCAGCGACGACCUCAUCGACGAAGGUAUCUACUGUGGACUGAUUCUGCGUAGUCAGCUCAUCAUCUUGCUCAACUACCACAUCUUUUGCCACGAGCAACCUCAACUCCCCAACUAUGGACGUCGUCGUACCAACAGCAACGUCAAACAACGUCGUUGGGGAAAGGCCACCGACUAUGGCCAUAUUCCUGCCGACGGAAGAAUGAACUACAAGGUUAUGGCUCAGGCUCUUGCCAGACAUUUCCCUCCCAUUCAUGAAAUGAAUAUUUCAAAAGAAGAUAUCGAAAAUAUGUAUAUUGAUUUAAGACCAUAUAUGAAUCUUAGUAGUGUAGUAGCAAAUGAAACAUUUUCAUUUGGUGAAGGAUAUAAUUUAUUUAGAACGAUGGGUUUAAGACAUAUGCCAGUUGUCAACAAGAGAAACGAAGUUGUUGGCUUUGUCACUAGAAAGGAUUUAUUAUAA